AAAUAACAUCUGUUUUGAAGGACCGCCGAGCCUGCCCUCGCUGACCAUGCUGUCUCGGGUGGUGUUUUCUGCAGCCGCUGCAACAGCCCCCUCCCUGAAAAACGCCGCCCUCCUCAGUCCCGGGGUAGUGCAAGCAACAAGGAUCUUUCACACUGGGCAGCCAAGUCUUGCCCCUGUACCACCUCUUCCUGAAUAUGGAGGAAAACUUCGUCUUGGACUGAUCCCUGAGGAAUUCUUCCAGUUUCUUUAUCCUAAAACCGGUGUAACAGGACCCUAUGUGCUCAGAACUGGGCUUAUCUUAUAUUUUCUAUCCAAAGAAAUAUAUGUGGUUACUCCAGACACCAUCUCUGCUCUAUCAACAAUAGGGUUGCUUGUCUAUGUCAUUAAAAAAUAUGGUGCCUCUAUUGGGGAAUUUGCUGAUAAACUCAAUGAGCAACAAAUUGCCCAACUAGAAGAAGUGAAACAGGCUACCAUCAAAGGCAUCCAGGAUGCAAUUGAUCUGGAGAAGUCCCAACAGGCACUGGUUCAAAAGCGCCAUUACCUUUUUGAUGUCCAGAGGAAUAACAUUGCUAUGGCCUUGGAGGUUACUUACCGGGAACGGUUGCAUAGAGUAUACAAGGAGGUCAAGAAUCGCUUGGACUAUCAUAUCUCUGUGCAGAAUAUGAUGCGUUGGAAGGAACAAGAGCACAUGGUGCAGUGGGUGGAGAAGCAUGUGGUACAGAGCAUCUCUGCACAGCAAGAAAAGGAGACAAUUGCCAAGUGCACUUCAGAUCUAAAGCUGCUUGCAAAGAAGGCUCAAGCACAGCCAGUUAUGUAAUGCAUCUAUCCCGACUGAGACAGCUAGAAACACUUGAGUGAUGGACUGGAAACUAGGCUGUGACAAAAGCUUUCUGUAUCGCCAUCUGCUGGUGUUACAGUUUACCCCACUUAAAAA